UCAGGAGGCAAAGACAGAACAGGAUGGCCUUGCCAAGAUUUUCAUUAACAAAGAUCUUAGCUAUGGAGAGUUCAACAAAUUUGGGAAACUCAAUCCAUGGUGUAUCUUCGACUACUGUGAAGCCAGUCUCAAUCUCUUCCAACCAGACUUCACAGGCAAUGAGCAUUUAUCAUUGUUUGGCCGCAACGUCGAGGUUAAUCUAAAGGAGGGCACUGAAGGCAGAAUCCAAAUUGACCAAGCCCUCAAGUUUAAAAUCUGCUUGACUUACUUAGGGAAGAGUUCAGCGUAUUGGGAAGCACAGUGCAUGGAUCUGAAUACAGAUGAAGAACUGGCAAACUAUUGGAUUCAGAUGGUCACUGUGGAUAUGAAAGACCGUAAGCCAAAGCCAUUUGCGUACUUGCUUGAGGACUUCUGUCCAAAGAAUUUGCGAGAAGAGCCACCAAAUGGUUUUGAUCUCGAGUUCAAACCAGAGACAGCUUUCAAGCAUGAGUUUGUUGUCAAUUGGAGCGAUACUGACUUCAAUUCUCACUUGAAUCAAGCUGAUAUGUGUCGAAUGUGUGUAGACUGCGGCAGUUUUGCUGCAACGCAGAAUUAUUUUCUGCCUUCAGUUGUGAGUUGGUAGCUUAUGAUCUAAAAAGAUGUUCGUUCAUGUUCAUGAAAGAAGCGCGCCCUGGAGAGAAGGUCCUGGUGGAAUGCUGGGAAUCUGAAGGGAGCCCUCUGGUGUUGAACUUUGCAUUUUCAAAGGAGAAUAAACUUAUCACCAUGAUACAGUUGGAAUACUUCUCAGGUGAUGUUAAUGCUGCUUCCAAGUUGUGAAAUUGCACAUCAUGAUUAAAUUUAUUUAAUUUUGACUUAUUUGUGAUGAGAAAGAAAUGAGCAGAUGUGUAAUUUCCACAAGUUAUAAACUACGGUAUACAGUCUGGGGUCAAGACUAGCAACUAAUGAAAAACAUAGGGAGAU